AUAAAAAAGAAAAAAAAAAAAAAAUGGAUAUCAUAUAGCAAAACAACAAUAUUUUUUUAUCAUCACGUCAAAUGGUGAAAUUGAUCAAGUUAUUAUUAUAAUUAACAUUGAUGACAUAUUGAAUACAAUAACAUUGUAACAAAAUAAAAGUUACGUGGUUUUUGAGGAGUUAUUAAAUUGGAUAAAUAAAUAAUUGAUGUUUUUAAUAAAUUGAUUAAUAUUAACAUCAAUAUUUUUACAUUACAGUUGACAACUGUAUUAACCAAUACAAACAAAUAAAAUAAUAAUCUAAAAUUCGUCAAGCUGGAGGAAGAAAAAAUGCCGUUGAUUGAAGGUGUAGGUGAUGAAGUUACAGCCUUUUUCAUCACUACUUGUGUAUUAUUAAUUGGUUGGAUAGCAUGGUGUUCAACAAAUAUAUCUGAACAACCAUUGAUUAGAACUGUCUUGAUACUACAACAUAGAACACGUUCAAGACUUGCUGAAUUACGUUCUAAUAAUCAAACAGUAUCAACAAUAACAACGAUUGUUGGUAGUGUAAAUGAUGGGACAAUAAGAAGAUUAAGUUCUGAGGCAAAUACGAGUGAAGAAAAUGUUGAAACAAGUACUGUCGAAACACAACAACAAACUUGUUCAUCAGAACCAGCAAAUGCUUCAUCACAAAUUGAAAAUGAUAAUAAUGCAUCUGCUGAUGUGUCAACAAUAGCAACAGAAGAAGUUUUAAUUGGAGCAAUGGAUUCCCAUAAUGAUGAUGAUACAAAUAAUAUUAUUUCAACUAAUGAUAAAAUAAAAAAAUCAACAGAAAAUAUAUCAUCAAAUUCAACAGCUGAAUCAUCAUCACCAAUUGAUAAUGUUGAUAAUAGUAAUAGUGUCAAUGAUGAUGACAAUGAUGAUGAUGAAAUAACAAUUAAAUUAAAAUAUAUAAAUGAUGAUCAAAAAAUAGUAAGAGCAAAACCAAAAGAAUUGGUUGGUAAUUUUAUAAGAAGAAAUUUUCAAGUUGAAUUAAACGCCCAAAAACGUAUACGUUUAAUUUUUAAUGGACAUGUACUUCAUCCAGAUAAUGAUACACUUGAACAAUGUGGAUUGUAUGACAAUUGUGUUGUACAUUGUCUUGUUCAUCAGCAAAGAAUACAACAAAGUAAUAAUGAUACAUCAAGUGUUAAUGAUAGUAAUACAUCAUCAAUUUAUACUGGCAAUCAAGAAUUUCAAAAUAUACAAAAUCCAAAUGGAUUAACUGCUGUUCAUAACGAGUGGGAUCUUGGUCGUUUAUUAGUCAGUAUUUUAACACUCAUAUUGGUAUUUGCCUGGUACUCUAGAUACCAUUAUGAUCAAUUAUUCACUGUUACAACAAGCCUUGCUCUUUAUGUUCUUACUGCAAUAUUUACACUAUCAGUUGUUGGACAAGUAUUUCAAGAUCAAGAUACUCUUAGAAAUAUAGAGUGAUUAAAACUAUCUCUAUUAAUGCUAUUAUUUUUUUUAAUUUAUCAUUACUUUUCAAAUGAAUUUAAUUUAACAAUUUUAAGUCAACAUAAUUAUUAUUCAUAUGAAAUAAUAAUGGUAGUAUUUAGAGUUAUGAUUUAUUAGAAUUAUCUAAUCUUAAUAAACAUGAGAUGUUAAAAAAUUUUUAAAUAAUUACCUGAUGAUAAAUUUGAUGAAUCAAAAAGCGACUGGCAUCGUUUUAAAUUUUUAUGAUCAUGCAUAAUAGUUUAUUUAAUUUACCGAUUUAGUUGUCAAGUAUUUUUAUAAUAUUAUCUUAAAAAAUUAUUUAGUUUGUCAUUUUGUUUUUUUUUUUCAAAAAAAAGCAGUCGUUAAAUGUCUUUUUUUCUUUUUUUUUUUAAUCAACGGAAAGUUGAGAGUUAUUGUAAUUUAACAUAAUUUAUUAUUAAUGGCUAAAUUUUAUGAUUCAAUUCAACACUGUACUUUAAUGAUUUAUCAAUAAAUAUACCCUGUAUUUUCAUCAUAAAAAAAAAAAAAAAAACAAAAUUUAAACAAAAUUUAAAAGACAAAAACAAUAAAUCUUUAAUGUUUAAUUAUUUUUUUUUUUCAAGUAGAUAAAAAUAAUUAAGUUUGUAUAUAAACCAAUGAAAUCUCGUUAAAUAAAUAUGAAAAAUAAAAAUUGCAUUAAAAAAUUGUGUAUGAAAAAAUAAAAUUAAAGCAAAGCAAAACAUUUCAGUUUGAAAC